GUGCGGGGGGGGCCCGGUCCUGCCGCCGCCGGGUCGCCGGCUCCAGAGCACGCAUGAAGCCGAGGCCGUGCCGCACAAAGCGGGAGUCCGAGCGGCGACGGAAGCGCCUGCCGCCGCCAAGAGCCCGUCCAUCCCGGAGGAGUCCAAGUCCUUCGCUGUGGGCAUGUUCCUGGGGCGCCUCAGUGCCGAGCAGGUCUUCCCGUAUCCCUCAGUGCUGAGCGAAGAGCAGACCCAGACGCUGCGGGAGCUCGUGGGGCCUGUCACCCGCUUCUUCGAGGAGGUGAACGAUCCAGCGCAGAACGACGCACUGGAGCGCGUGGAGGACGGCACCAUGCAGGGCCUCAAAGAGCUGGGGGCCUUCGGGCUGCAGAUCCCUGCCGAGCUGGGGGGGCUGGGGCUCACCAACACCCAGUACGCCCGUCUGGUGGAGAUCGUGGGGCUGCACGACCUGGGUGUGGGCAUCACGCUGGGCGCCCACCAGUCCAUCGGCUUCAAGGGGCUGCUGCUCUAUGGCACCCCUGCUCAGAAGAAGAAGUACCUGCCCCGCUUGGCCACCGGCGAGACCGUGGCCGCCUUCUGCCUGACGGAGCCAGCGAGCGGCUCAGACGCGGCCUCCAUCCGCACACGGGCCCAGCUCAGCCCCUGCGGCACCUACUACACCCUGGAUGGCAGCAAGAUCUGGAUCAGCAACGGGGGUCUGGCAGAGAUCUUCACUGUGUUCGCCAAGACGCCACUGCGCGACGAGGCGACAGGCGAGGUGAAGGACAAGAUCACGGCAUUCGUCGUGGAGCGGGCCUUCGGCGGCGUCACCCACGGUCCCCCUGAGAAGAAGAUGGGGAUCCGGGCGUCGAACACGGCCGAGGUGCACUUCGAGGGCGUCCGGGUGCCCGUGGAGAAUGUCCUGGGGGCGCCUGGCGCCGGCUUCAAGGUGGCCAUGAACAUCCUCAACAACGGGCGCUUCGGCAUGGCCGCAGCACUGGCCGGCACCAUGCGGGGCCUCCUGGCCAAAGCUGUGGACCACGCUGCCAACCGCACCCAGUUUGGGGACAAGAUCCACAAUUUUGGGGCUAUCCAGGAAAAGCUGGCGCGCAUGGCCCUGCUGCAAUAUGUGACUGAGUCCAUGGCCUAUGCCAUUAGCGCCAACAUGGACCGGGGCGCCCCCGACUUCCAGAUCGAGGCCGCCAUCAGCAAGAUCUUCGGCUCCGAGGCGGCCUGGACCGUGGCGGAUGAGUGCAUCCAGCUCAUGGGGGGGAUGGGCUUCAUGAAGGAGGCGGGGGUCGAGCGUGUCAUGCGGGACCUGCGCAUCUUCCGCAUCUUCGAGGGCACCAACGACAUCCUGCGGCUCUUCGUGGCCCUCAACGGCUUCCAGCUCCUCGGCAUCCAGCUCCGUAGGCUGCAGAAGGCCCUGAAGCAGCCGCUGGGCAACGCGGGUCUCCUGGCGGGCGAAGCUGCCCGGCGCCUCCGCAGGAAAGCGGGGCUGGGCUCGGGGCUCUCCCUGCGUGAGCACGUGCACCCUGACCUGCAGGACAGUGCCCACAAGACCGUUCAGUGCUUGGACCUCUUUGCGGAGACAGCUGACACGCUGCUGCUCAAGCAUGGGAAGAAGAUCGUGGAUGAGCAGUUUGUGCUGAAGCGAGUGGCUGACGCUGCCAUCGACAUCUACGCCAUGGCUGUGGUGCUCUCCAGGGCCUCACGGGCGCUGAGCCAGGGGCUCCCCACGGCGCAGCACGAGCGACUCCUCUGUGACACCUGGUGCCAGGAGGCCCACGAGCGGGUCUCGGCCACCCUGCGCGCGCUGACGGCCGACAGCUCCCGCCAGACCUUCCGCAACCUGCGGGCCAUCUCGCGGGCCGUGGUGGAGAGCGGCGGCGUCGUGGCCCCCAACCCCCUGGGCUUCUGACCCCAGCCCCUGCGUGUGCCCCCCAGCCUCUGCUGGGGGCCCUGGGGCUGCUCCUGCGCUUCACAGUGAUGCCUUAAGCCCCCCCUGCUCCAGGCUGGGGUGACUGUUUUCAGGUCUCCCCCCAUUUUUUUUGGGGGGGGGGGGGAACUUGUGCUGCUGCCCCUCACCUUUGGCAGUGUGCAGGGCCCCUUCUACACUCCGUGGGGCAAAGGUGAAGCCUCCUGCUACACAUUUGCAGUAGUUUAGAGUCCCUGGUGCCUAAGAAAGGCUGUUUUGAGGCUCCCUUCCUGUCCCUGUGGCAGUUUUCAGGCUCCACCCUCUCCCAGUGGUGGUCUCAAGGCUCCCCUCCCGGUGGUGGUUUUGAGGCUCCUCCCCAUCCCCAGGGUGACCUCGAGGCUUCCCCUAUCUAAGUAGUGGUUUCGGGGUUCCCCCCUCCCAGCAGCAGUUUUGAGGCCCCCCUCAUCCAGGUGGCGGUUUCAAGGCCCCGAGGGGCCUCCCUGCUGCCCCCGGCAGCGGCUCCCCCGGCCCCGCUGCAGUUCCUGCCUGAUUAAUUACCGCAGCUUAAUAAACGGCGACUGUGGGAACGCUG